AUGGGAUAGGAUGGAAACUCUAAUGCUUGCCUGUGAAUCACAGGUGAAAGCAAUGAGUGCUGGCAUUGAUAAUUUGAUUUUACUCAGUGAUGAAGUAGUUGAAAAAACUCGAAAGGUGACUGAUGAAGAGGUAGGGAUGGUUGUGACUGAGCCUGGACUGAUGAGCUUUGAGGCUAAUAUGAGGCUACUGGAUAGAAAGGGCUAUAAAACUGGAUAUCAAUAUAAACUCUCAAAAUAUAUUAAGAGACAAUGAAUACUGAUGUUAAUUAUGAAAUGAAUUAAUUAUAAUCAUUCGCCUUUAGUUUAUUAAUAUACGCACACCGUUAUAUUUAAUUCAUAAAAUGUCUUGAGUUUGCAUAAGAACGAACUAUUAUUU